AUCGCCGGCCUCGUGCUCGUCGUCCCCAUCCAGGCGACCACCAUGCGUCUCCUCUCCUACCUGUCAGCCCCCUCCUCUCUGGCCGUCAUCAUCACGAUCAUCAUGGUGGUUGCCGAGCUCUUCACCAACGAGGGAGACGAACCGUUUGGAUCGGCCGGGACGGUCGGCCCGCCACCAGGCACCACUUUCUUCCAAGCCUAUGGUGGGCUCACGACGAUUGUCUUCGCGUACCUCGGACAGGACGUCUUCUGCGAGAUCAUGCAAGAAAUGGCGGAGCCAAAGGACGCCAACAAGUCCAUCAACUUGGCUUACUCAGUCAUGACCCUCGUGUACGCCUUCACCACCAUCGUCGCGUACGGCCUCGAGGGUCGUAGCGUCGAGGGAUUCCUCCUCGACUCCCUCCCCGACUCCCCGGUCAAACGUGUCGCCUCCGGUCUCCUUGCUUUCCACGUUAUCGUGGCGUACGCCAUCGUCUCCGUGCCCCUCACCAACUUCUUCUACGGCCUGUGCUUCCCAAACACGCCCAUCCACGACGGCGGCGUGCCCGCACGCCUGCGCUGGGCCCUCAUCUCGAUUGGCUAUCUGGUCUUCUCCUAUCUGAUCGCCACGCUCAUUCCGGCCUUCAGCGCAAUCCAGGGCCUCAUCGGCUCUCUGUGCGGUUCGCCCAUUCUCUUCGGCUUCCCCGCUGCCUUCUACAUCCUCGCUUGCCGCCUCAACAAGAAGAAGAUCAGCACCUUCGACAAGGUCACAUGUGCGCUCUUCCUCUGCGUGCUGUGCCCCCUCUUCUUCCUCUGCGGCACGAUCGACUCGAUCAUGCAGAUCGGCGAUGCGGUCAAGGACGCCGGCACACCCUUUUCCAUCUGUUGAGCAUCCGCAGGGGGCGGAGCGGGCCCGAUUUAAUUAAACGGAGGGACUCCGGGGAUGCAGGAGCGCGCGAAUCCGGCAGCGCAAGCUGCGACUCGUCGGGUAAGCCUGUGACAGGCCUGUGACAGUAUCCCUUGCUCGUCUUUUUCUUUCAUUACGGCUUUAUUUGGGG